GAAUCCUACUUUAAGUUCUCGUGAAGUCAUCCUCUUUUUCGUAGGUCAAGCAACAACUCUCUUCUUAUUCUCCUUCUGCAAUCCUUCAUUUCCCAAACAUCUCCAUGCUACCAUGUCUUGGCAUCCAGAAACAAACCCUCAUUUUAUUAAAACACCGCUGCAACAGCGUGAAGGCCAACCCUCCCAGACACCACCUAGUCACGGGGGGCCGUCGUCAGGUCGUCAAGAUCAACAAAACCAGCCACCUCAGGGCCCACUGGUGACUCGACCAAGGAGCAAAGGCCAAGGUUCCAAGAAGAAGGGUGCACCGGUGGUUAAACCAGAGCAUGAAGGCCAAUUGCGCAGUCUAUGGAUCACACCAGCACAACAGCAUCCGGGCCAACAUGACAACCAAGUCCAAAGUCCACCAACGCAGACACCACAGCAUCAAGACCCACAUUUUCCAUUGCAUAAUGGGAAUUUCCAGAGCCCAUGGGCACUUCCACCACCGCCCCGUGGCCCUCCCCCCCAGCCACAUGGCCCCAAGCAUGAUAGUGAACCUCAUGGACCACCGAGGAAUCAAGAUCAAGACCGUGGUCCUAGCUCUAGGGUGACACUUCCACAGCAUCAAGAACGAAAUCCCCGGCAGCCCCACGGUCUCGUAGGCCGACCAGCACAGUUUUCUGGGUUGCCAAAACCUGGUGGAACCAAACCCUUAAUAUGGUUAGGUGCAGUUUUCUGCGCAAUUCUUUGGAUCGUUAUAUUCCUAGGAGGCCUAAUUGUCCUUAUAGUCUACCUGGUAUAUCGCCCACGUAGUCCACGGUUUGAUGUGUCCAGUGCCUCCUUAAACAUGGCCUACAUCGAUGCAGGCUCUCUACUCAAUGCUGAUCUAACUGUGCUAGCAAACUUCACCAAUCCAAACAAGAAAGUGAGCGUGGACUUCAGUUACAUGAUCAUUGAUCUAUACUACGGAAGCACUCUUAUCGCUACCCAAUAUAUAGAACCGUUUUCAGCAGAGAGGGCUGAGUCGAGGUUCGUAAAUGUUCAUAUGGUUACAAGUCAGGUUCGGCUUCCCGUCCUGGAAAGCGCACGGCUCCAGGAGCAGAUUAGUAAAAAUGGAGCCAUAUUUGACGUGAAAGGAGUAUUUCGGGUGCGAUCUAAACUGGGGACUUUACUAAAGUACUCGUAUAGGCUGUAUGGUCACUGCACUAUCUUGGUGACAGCUCCUCCCAGUGGAGUCCUUCGAGCUACCAAGUGCAGAACAAAACGAUGAGAAACAUUCUGUAACUUGCCAAUACAUGCUAUUGUUUUCCGACUGGCAAACAUUGAUGGAUUUUACACAUUGUUGAAAGAGUAUCAGAAUUGAAAUGAUUUUUCCUUGCUA